AUUGCAACUUAAACUCAUUCUUCCCCCAACAAAAUACUCUUACUUUUCCCCUUAAAAACACACACACAUUAAGGUUAUAAGUGCUUCAUAUAGUUGUCCAAAAAGGUGCCAAACAUCUCUCAAUUUUUUUUUUAAAAUGCCAAUUUUGUGGUUCUCCGUAAUUUGUGUCUUUUGUAUACAAUUUAUUAAUUGUGUCCACGGAAAUGAACAAGGAUGGAUUGAAGCUCAUGCAACUUUCUAUGGAGGUGGUGAUGCUUCCGGAACCAUGGGUGGAGCAUGUGGUUAUGGGAAUUUGUACAGUGAAGGGUAUGGUACAAACACAGCAGCAUUGAGUACAGCACUGUUCAACAAUGGGUUGAGUUGUGGAUCUUGCUUUGAGCUUAAGUGUGUGGGUGAUUCGAAGUGGUGCCUUCCAGGAUCUAUAGUGGUAACUGCUACUAAUUUUUGCCCACCAAAUUUUGCCCUUCCGAAUAAUGCUGGUGGGUGGUGCAAUCCUCCCCUGCACCACUUUGACCUCGCUCAGCCUGUUUUUCAAAAAAUGGCUCAGUACAGAGCUGGGAUUGUUCCUGUUGCUUACAGAAGAGUACCUUGCCAGAAAAAGGGAGGAAUCAGAUUCACAAUGAACGGUCACUCAUACUUCAAUCUAGUGCUGGUAACCAACGUGGGAGGUUCAGGAGAUGUAAAUGCAGUUUCGAUUAAAGGUUCCAGAACAGAGUGGAUAGCAAUGUCACGCAAUUGGGGUCAAAAUUGGCAGAGCAAUGCUUUACUUGAUGGUCAAAUUAUAUCAUUUAAAGUAACUACAGGUGAUGGCCGCACUGUUUUCUGCAACAAUGCUAUCCCUGCUGGAUGGUCUUUUGGGAAAACUUACACCGGCGCACAGUUCACUUAAUUCUAUUUAUUGCAAAGUGUCAUAAAUUAAGACUACUACUAUUUAUUAGUGUUGAUGGGAAGAGCUUAUUUUUUAAAGUGGCUCCAAACCAUUUUUAUUUUGGAUUUUUAUGAAAGUAAUUUAAGAUAGGAAGUUCUGUCCUUUGGUUAUUUUUAGGAAGAGGACAGAAACUGGGGGCAGAGGUGGUGGAUUUUAUUGUCACCACCCACCACACUAGUUCAUUAUUAUAGCCUAAAGGGGAUAUUAGUUUAGAGGUAAUUUUCGUUUGAUGUUCUUUAUUGUGGUUUUGUAUGAAAUUUAAAUUAUCACUUGG